CAGUGUACCUUGGGAGAGCUCAGUGAACCUCAGGGGACCUCAAGGGACCUCAGGGAGUCUCUAAGGUUCCCUGGUCAGCCAGUUGAACUGAAUCAGGGAGCUCCCAGCUCAAUGCAAGACCCUGUCUCAAAAAAUAAACUGGAGGGCAACUGAGGGAGAUACUGACCUAUGUUGACCUCUGGCCUCUGCACACAUACACACACAUAUGCGCACACACACACACGUGCACACUGCUGAGCAUGGAGGGAUGCUGUGGACCCGAGAACCACUCUUCACAGCCAUGGCUGCCCAGGAGUCCCUGCAUGUGAAGACCCCACUUCGUGACAGCAUGGCGUUGUCCAAAUUGGCCGGCACCAGCGUGUUCCUAAAAAUGGACAGCUCCCAGCCCUCAGGCUCCUUCAAGAUCCGAGGCAUUGGGCAUCUCUGCAAGAUGAAAGCAAAACAAGGCUGUAGACAUUUUGUCUGUUCUUCAGCUGGCAACGCGGGCAUGGCGACCGCCUACGCUGCCAGGAGGCUGGGCAUCCCAGCCACUAUCGUUGUGCCCAACACCACACCUGCCCUCACCAUUGAGCGGCUCAAGAAUGAAGGCGCCACAGUUGAAGUGGUGGGAGAGAUGCUGGAUGAGGCCAUCCAAGUGGCCAAGGCUCUGGAAAAGAACAACCCGGGUUGGGUGUACAUUUCCCCCUUUGAUGACCCUCUCAUCUGGGAAGGCCACACUUCCCUUGUGAAAGAGCUGAAGGAGACGCUGAGCGCCAAGCCCGGGGCUAUCGUGCUGUCUGUGGGCGGUGGAGGCCUGCUGUGCGGAGUGGUCCAGGGGCUGCGGGAGGUGGGCUGGGAGGAUGUGCCCAUCAUCGCCAUGGAGACCUUUGGCGCCCACAGCUUCCAUGCUGCCAUCAAGGAAGGAAAGCUGGUCACCCUGCCCAAGAUCACCAGUGUCGCCAAGGCCUUGGGCGUGAACACUGUCGGGGCGCAGACCCUGAAGCUGUUUUACGAACACCCCAUUUUCUCCGAGGUCAUCUCAGACCAGGAGGCUGUGUCUGCUCUUGAGAAGUUCGUGGACGAUGAGAAGAUUCUGGUGGAGCCCGCGUGCGGCGCGGCGCUGGCUGCUGUGUACAGCCGCGUGGUGUGCAGGCUGCAGGAUGAAGGCCGGCUGCAAACCCCACUGGCCUCGCUGGUUGUCAUCGUGUGUGGCGGCAGCAACAUAAGCCUGGCGCAGCUGCAGGCACUCAAGGUGCAGCUGGGCCUGAACGGGCUGCCCGAGUGAUAUCUGCUGCUGCCCUGGCCUCCCUCAGAGGGGUCACCGGCACCCCCUAGUGGGGUGGGAUACACUUGACAAUGGCCCCACCCUCCUUUACCUGUGUUUAUAAUGUGCACUUUUCCAUUGUAAAUAAAAAAUAAAUAUAUAUUUAUAGAGCAAA